GUUUGUCCGACUAAAAAUAAAGGGGGUGCGUCGAGUGAGCGCUGUUGUGGUGAUGGACUAAUUAAGGUCUACAGUCUACCGCACAUUGUAGAACGAGGACGCCGCUUGUGUUCACAGCGGUGGGAACGAACAGCUUUGGCGUCUUACAGGUUCCUGCAAUGGAUAUUCCUGGUCAGUCCAGUAUACUUGAAGCAACAAGGCUGGGUGAAACAGCAUUUUCCGCAAUGGAAGUAUCAGGAUCAGAGACAGCAGACAAGACACCUUCACCUGGAACAGGCAGUGAAUUUCUGGUUGACGAAGAAGCUGCCUCCACUUGUCCUCUGUUGACACCAUCACCUCCUGCAGGUGCAUUCCACAUAUCUCUCACCGCUGUGGCCCGACCAACAGGUAUGGCAUAUGAGCAUCAAAUCAGUCCAUCAAUUACUGACCCAGAGCUUUCGUCAUCACUGCCAGGUCUUGAUGGUGCACCAGGUUUCACUGCUAUGAAUGAUGCCAACGUACCUGCACAUGACAGCAGCCCAGCCAUAGAAGAUGGUCCAUCUGGAGCAUUCCCAGGAGUAGCAGCAACACUGGAGUCGUCUUCCUCAAGCAGUUCUGUUCUGCACGAACCCACUGUCUGUGCACAACUUCUAAAUUCUCAUCAUUAUGCACACCUAACCAAGGGACCUGAUGUGGCUGCAUUUGUAUGCCAAGAAAAUGGAGGCAAGUCACCUUUGUCUGCUAUCCAGUUGGCAGUAUCACCAUCAGCAAAGGAUUAUCCAUUCCUCAAUUGGAACUGGCGAAUAAUUCGACGUAUUUCUUUUUUGGGAGCUAUGUCAUUAAUUGUGGCAACCGCAUGUGCUGUCAUUGCAAUUAUGGUCAGCAUACCCAAAAGCUGCAAGCCGGCGCAUGAAUGGUGGCAAGGAACACUUUUCUAUGAAAUAUUCCCAGCAUCUUUCAUGGACAGUAAUGCUGAUGGAGUUGGGGACUUUCCUGGAAUGUUACAGCACAUGAAGUACCUUGACAACCUAGGAGUUCGUGUUGUGCACUUGAAUUCUAUAUUUGCUGCAGACCAUUAUCCAGAUCAUUUUGCUCAUCCAAAAAACUUACUUGAAAUAGAUCCAUCAUUAGGAACAUUGAAAGACUUUCAAGCUGUUGUGAGCAUUCUGCACCAAAGGAAUAUUUCAGUGGUAGUUGAUCUCCCCGUUGCUGAAGCUAUUCAUGUGUUGGCAGGUAGUGAUGUGACUACAUAUAAUGACACAAGUCAUGAAGAGACUUACACCAAGGCAAUCUUUGCUGAUGCUGAGGAUGACAUAAUUGCUGAAGCAGUGGAGUUUUGGUUAAAUCAAGGAAUUGAUGGAUUUUAUUUAAAAGGGCUGGAAUAUGUUGUGCAUGGCAGUGAUUUUUCAGACAGUAUAAUAAGGUGGCGAAAGCUGAUAGAUAAGUUUCCAAGCAGGAUACUAAUGUGCAGCAUGGCUGCAAUCGAUGCCUUGGACUUUGAUGCAAAUCUGAGGCAUAUGGUCUUAAGUCAUAUGGAUCUUGUUGAUGUAUAUAUUAACAUCUCUUCAGCUAAUGCUGGAACUGAAAUUAAGGAGCAUGUUAAUAAGAUCUUCUUUGGUCCUGUAUUUGGCAGCAGGCCUAACUAUCCAUGGAUCCACUGGAAUAUGGGUAGUGUGGAAACUGACAGGCUUGUUAAUCGUCUGCAGACAGCCAAUGGAAGUCUGGCAGCAUUGCUGUUCAACAUGAUGUUGCCUGGUACCACAUCAGUAUUUUAUGGAGAUGAAAUUGGUUUGGAAAAUUACCACAACAUUGAGCAUCCAGAUGUGGAUCACCCCAGGCAAGUAGUUCCUAUGCAUUGGACUGAUGGUCCAGGCCUGGGAUUCACUACUUCCAGAGUUCUGCCAUGGGUAUCCCCUUCUGUUAGCCAUACCACUGUGAGUAAUGGUCUCCAGCAUGCCAUAGGUAAAAUGUCAGACUUGCGCAAUGACAAUCCUGUCAUCUACAUGAAUGGUGUAUGGAAGGAGGGUCAAAUACGACCCAACUAUUAUAUAAGUUAUGCUGACAAUGAUAUUGUAGUGAUGGAGCGGUUCUAUCCUCGUCGACACACGUACAUUGUAGUUACCAAUCUCGCUCCUCACAAACAGGUGCGAGAUUUGUCAUACAUAUAUUUCGGUGGAACCAUAAAGGUUGAUCUACUUGGUCGCACAGGACAGUACAUUACUUUCCGUUCUCUAACAUUGUACCCAGGAGAAACUAUUGUUUUGCAGCUGGACAACUAAAUUGCAAUUGAUUCUUUCAUUUUGGCAUGUAUUAACUUUUACAGCGGUAUAGCUGUUUUGAUGAUAAACAGUGACUGUCAUGUAUUUACGCUACAUUAAUAGUACAAAUCAGAUUGAAUCUUACUUGUGGAAAAAUAUGUGAUUUUUUUAAGUCCAUAUUUGUCACUGGUGUAUAGAAGUAAACAUUUGUAUUCAGCUGCUACAAUAGUGAAAUGGUUCGAGCUCAAUACAGCAUAUCAGAAUUUAUCUGAGGAUAAUAUUUAAAAAUAAAUUCUCAUUCAGAAUUUACUUCUUAAUGAAUGAAGUGAGUGAGAAGACAUAUGGAGUCAACAAUACUGAAAGUAACUCACCCUUCCAAGAAUUUAGGACCCAGAAAGUUGCUAAAUGCAGUACUACCUUCAGCUGUUAAUUGCAGAUUACAAUUUCAAAUUUUAUAUGUUUUUAAUAUUUUUGGUCAAAAUAUAGAACUAAAGAGAACUAGGAAGACUGAUGUAUAUAUCACCGCUGACUUUUGUGUAUUUAUGUGGAAUUAUAAAAAUAAAUCAAGCAUUACUUUUGGAAAAUA